AUGCUUAAGUUGUUGUGUAAUUUUGUGUUUUAUUAUUAUAUGUGAUUGUGAAGCUAUUAUUUUUGCAUAGCUUGUAAUCCAUAUGAAAUUCUUACAUAUAUGCAUUUAUUUGCUCUUUGGUACUUAUGGAUAUUGUGCUUUACAGGAUGCCUCGUAGAAUAUCAUCAUCUAGAGGUAGAGGACGGGGUCGACAGGACACAAUGUCUCAACCCAUGCAGUCUUUGAGGGAUGAACAAAAUGAAGACCAAAGCAUAGGACAUGAGCCACUACAGUUGCCAGUGGAUACUCAAGUUUCACCUACUCCACUACAGUUAGGGGGGCAAGUAGCAGCAUCGUCAUCAUCAUCAGUUCGAACUAGAGGUCCGAAUUUAGGGCAGCCAACACCAGUAAACCCAACAAAUCGACAAAUGAUAAGAUUAAGGGGCCUUGUCUUCUUGGAUAUAUCUGUCUCUCGCUCAAUAACCAAUGACAUUAAGAUGCACUUUACAGCUCCAUGGAAAACUUGGGCAGAAAUACCCAUCAAGAUGAAGGAUGAGCUAUUUGGAAAAUUUCAAGGUCGUUACAUGUGGGAUGAAACUGAAGAGCAGAAUGUGCGUCUUGCUUGGGAUAAGCUUGGGAAGGAUAGAUUUCGUGAUAUUCUUAACAGAGCUAGGAAUGAAAUGUUGGUGAAGCACAAGAAAAGUGAUAUUGCUUAUUUGUACAAUCUAGGACCAAACUGGAUGAAAGCAGAGGUGUGGAAUGAGCUUGUUGCUUAUUGGAGUUCUCUAGAGUGGCGAAAGAAGUCACAAUCUGCUAAGAUUAAUAGAAUGACAGUAAAAGAUGGGUCAAUUACAAAACAUGCUUGUGGUUCAAUCAAAAUUGAGAUUCAUGAGGAUCGAUUGACAAAGAAGUUAAGUAGGCCACCAAAUAAGAUUGAAGUAUUUCGAGCAACUCACACCAAAAAGGGUGAUGAUGGUGUAUUCAUUGAUGGCAAAUCACAACGGGUCGAUGAAGAUUAUGCAAGUGCAAUUGUGGAGAAAUAUGGUUCUAAUUCUGAAUCCCCACCAAUAUUUGAUAUGGAUAAGUGGAUAGAAGUAUCUGGAGGGUUUAAUAAAGGAAGGGUGUAUGGUUUUGGGUCUUCUGCAAAAUCUCAAACAAGUGGAUCAUCUACCUCUAAAUCAUGCACAUCUGCUUAUCCUGGGUCAUCUUCUCUGCCUGCGAUGACACAAGAGGAAAUUCAACAACUUAUAGAUGAAAAAGCAUCACAAAUGAGGGCAGAGAUGAUGGCUGAAAUACUUGAUCAGGUGCGAAAGGAGUUAAAGACCACAGGUGGUACUCAGUUUGCAACAUCUUCACAUCCAACCACUUCAGACUCUACAAAUCCAUAG